AUUCAUACAGGAAAAGAAAGCACUAUCUUCCAAUGACAUCAAAGGAAGUACAACUUCUAGGUCAGCGCCAGAAGAUGGUGCAGGAGAAGUAAGUGCCGAAAGAGCAAAAGCAAUUCAAGAAGAUGAAGAGGAAGAGGAACACCAUCAACAAGAAGAUGAGUCGCGGCAGUCCUCGAGCAAGAAUGCACCCUCUUCAUCAGAGGACGGACCCGCAAACACUGCUCCUUCAUCAGCGUCCACCUCCGACGAAGCACAGCAAGCAACUACUACUCCCUGGUCCUCCCUCUUAGAAGAAACCCAUACUCGUCAAACUCAGACGUCUUCGAUGAGUACCGUUUCUCAUAGUACUCUUCGAAUCAAUAGCGACUUGGCGAAUCUGAACCUUGUCACUGAGCGGCUACGGGA